AUGUGCAGCUGGAAGUGCCUUGCAGUUUUUCUCUUCAUUCAUGUUGCAAGGGCUGAGUUAGCAAAGGACAAUGGCCGAAUGCACACCUCAAAUGCAACGAUAUCUGGAUACACGGACGUGAUGAACAAGUUUCCUCCGAAACUAAAAACAGCUUUAGAACAAGUAGCCCUGAUUAAUCCUGGACUGAGGGAAAACAUUGACAAUAUGUUGUCUUUUGACCCAUCGAAGAUACCCCAGCGUUACAAAACCGCGACUGGAAUAUCCACGAUACUUAACCAACUCCAGAAGGGAGGCCUGCCCGACCUGUCGGAGCUACUAGAACCUCUGAAAGACUCAGAGAUUCUUACUGAAGACCAAAUUACCUCACUGAAGCAAGAAAAAGGGACAGAGAAUUGCCUUCUGGACUUGUUUUUAAUGGUCAGCAGUCUGAACGUUAAUAAUGACACUUGGGCUCUAGAAAUGCUGGAUGCAAGCGCCAAGCCUGGACCUUCCAUCCUGAAAGGCAACUCCAAAUUCAUGGGCAACUACCAGCAAUGUGCAAAGAUCAGACGCAAGGAUCCUACCUGGAUUCUCUCAGAUAUACGCGGCACCAUGUGCAGGGCAUACAUAAAGUUUAAACUUGGACCUCUGUUCUUCGGCUAUGGACAAUCACCUCCUCUGGAAUGGGAUUUGUGUCUACCCAGCUCGUGCAAAGGCCCGGAGAUAAACAAAGCUCUGGCCGACCUUGACAUAACCAGCAUUCAUAUGCAGUGCACUGCAGACCUGGACAUCUCCCAAGACCCUGGCGCUGUCAUUGCCAUAAUCAUCCUCUGUAUAUUCGGCAUCUUAGCUAUAGCAGGAACUUUACUGGAUUUGUACAUAAAGUUUAGAAAACAAGACACAGAACUCUACGUCAUCGACGCAUUUGCAACUAAAUAUGGUAACAUAAAUUAUGGACUGGAAAUGACAGAGACGGAAUUAAAUGGCAAUCUGGAGAACAAUACGUCGCCUCAAACUACGGACCAUAACUCGAAAGUUACAGCCAACCCAAUGAGUAACCCGACUGUGAUAAUGCCUAUGCCUUUAGGCUAUCUUAGGAAUGGGGAAAUACCAUGGACAACAAGGACUGCAUUCCCAGAUUUUAGGCAUCGAUAUUUCAACGGCAAGAAUCCUGAAGCAACUCAACAGAAGGGUGAAAAUAGUGGUGCGGGGCCCAAGAAAGAUGAUGAAGCAGAAGGACUGCCAAUGUGGCAGAAAGCUCUGCUGGCGUUCUCUGUCCCGAGAAAUACUGGCAGGAUCCUGAGCACUCGAGCUGGGCGCGGGAACAUCGGCUGUCUACAUGGCAUCCGGGUCCUGAGUCUGGCAUGGCUGUUUAAUGUGGCGGAGCUGUUUCAUCUGGUGACUACGCUGCCAUUCCAACUGAUCAUCAAUGCCCCACUCGCUGUGGACACAUUCUUUUUCAUGAGGCAACACUUUGUUGGGCUCUUCAUGGCGACCCUCCUCAUUGGCGUGCAUCUGGCCUCAAACGCCUGGCUGCUCAACAAGUACAAUUUUGACUUUCUCAGAAACCGAGAGCAGUAUAUGGACAAGCUAUACUUCAAGCCCUACACUCGAGUGGCCCCUUUUGCUAUCGGGCUCAUUUUUGGUUGGAUUCUUUACAAAGCCAAAGGGAAAGUGAGCAUGAAUAAGGCCGUGGUUGCACUUGGUUGGCUGGUAGCCGUUGGCCUAGCCUGGACCGUCACCCUGGUGACCUAUGAUGAGAACAACAACUCGGCAUCAGCUACAGGGGGCUGGCCAGUGGCGGGCCGUGUGGUUUACGAGACGCUCUCUAGGCCUGUCUGGGCCCUGGUCAUUGGAUGGAUCGUCCUCGCCUGCUCCUCAGGUUAUGGGGGAUUCAUCAACUCCAUCCUGUCGUGGGAAGGUUUCCUCCCUCUGUCCCGUCUCAGCUAUGGCGCCUACCUCGUCCAUUUGACACUUAUCAGCUUCGAAAUUCAAGCUCGCCAGGACAACACUAUUUUCACUAUAGACAUCCUGAUCUACCAGUUCUUUGGUUACUACGUGAUGGCGUACGCUGUGGGCUUCCUCCUGUCUGUGUUUGUGGAAAUGCCUCUGUUGGGUCUAGAGAGAGCAGUUCUUAAACGUUAG